AUGACAAAUCUGAGCUGUUUCGAGCGGCGGGUUAGACGGACCGCGCCCACGCAGAGAGGAAGCAGGAGCGAUCUGGUCAUGGUGCCCAUCCACUCCAGAGUGAACGGAUGGUCCUGUCCACUCCACGUUCUCCAGCUGGUGGCCUGGCUUGUGUACGGCUUCAUGGCCGUGGUGGGAUUCGGGGUGUACGUCCCACUCCUGCCUCCACCGUGGAAGCACAUCUCAUACGGGGUGAUGGGUUUCAUGUUUGUCCUGCACUUACUGACUCACCUGGCGGCAGUGACGGUGGAUCCGGCUGACUAUAACGUACGCGUGAGGAAGGAUUACUCCAGGCCGAUGCCAGUGUUCAACAGGAAGAACCAGCCACACGUCAUACACAAUCAGCACUGUUACCUGUGUGAGGUGGAUGUAGGAUCCAAAGUCAAACACUGUGGAAGCUGCAACAAGUGCAUCACAGACUUCGACCACCACUGCAAAUGGCUCAACAACUGUGUGGGAGGAAGAAACUACUGGCUCUUUUUCUUGACCGUGCUCUCGGCUGCGUUGGGAUCGUUUCUCACCACCGUGGUUGUGCUGUUCAUCUUCAUCGAGCUCUUUGUGAAUCCAGCUGUUCUACGUACAGUAGCCGCUUUUCAAGUGAGCGCCAACACGACGUGGUUGGCGUUCCUGCCCCUGGUACCCACACAGAUCAGCUCCGUCAGUCUCCUGGUUUUAGCCUUCAUUACCAUCAUUCUUGCUCUUGCCUCGUUCCUUCUGCUGUCCCACCUACUCAUCUUUCACAUUUACCUGUUGUGUAAGAGGAUGAGUACGUAUGAUUAUGUAAUGAAGCACCGCCAGUCGCAGAACUCCAGGCAGCAGCAAGCAGGAGCCGCCCAGACGUCCUGCACGGACGGAGCUCCGUCUCAGGACGCUGGACCUUUGGAGACGUCUGUAGACUGUAAAACGACAAUGUCCAGCAAAUCAAGUGUCCUUAAAUAUCAGGACAGAGCCCAGGUCUCCAAUCAGCUAUCAGGAUCCAUCUGUUUUGAGAUGGAACAUUUUCCUCCAUCAGCUGAUGAAGACAAUCGUCCCAGUUAUGGUUCGAAAGCGUCCGUUCACGUCAUACCAGGUGCAGCUCCGGUGGGUUGGAGUGUGAGCACGAGUCGGGUAGAAAGGCCGCAGACUGAGCGAAGCGGGAGCGUCGGGCAUCCGGCCGAGGGCGUCCCCGUCACACAGAGUCAUCUGGGCACGGCGGUCAUCGACAGCGCUUCAGUUCCACAGCAGAUCACGCACUGAGAGACGGGGAGAACAGACUGAGCGUGGUCUUCUGGAGCUCCUGGAGAGCCCCACUGUUCCACGUCACCUCCAGAUACUCCGGGAGAGGUUCAGCGAUUCCACAAUCAUGUGAUCGACAUUUAUUUCAGCUCGUCAUCGUCAAAACAACAAUAAACUGUUUUAUAUAAAUAUAU